AUAAUCCGUGCAUCCCACUGCGCGUCAGAUUCCCUCAUACAUCCCGGAAAGCCCCAGUACCCACGGCCAAAAUAUCUGGGCAGGCGAUACUUGAAUGGCUCGAUGGGUCUAGCCUUGGUCUGUUGAAUGACAUUGGCUCUGGGCGAUAUGUUGUAUUUGCUCUGGGCCAAGGAUCUGGAUACCGGGAACCCUAACCGUUAACUAACUUUGCUUUCUGCUUUCCUUUUCAAGCUAUUGAGUAUUAUGGUAUUUUUCCCAUGCCUAUUCCUUGGCAUGCACAGGCAUUCGAGAGCCUCGGGCUUGGUGAGUCUCUUCAGGGAACCAUUAUGGCCGCCAUAAACAUCACAGCUUGAGUUACGUACUGGCAAUUACAUCCACGAAGGUCCCGAUGUAUCCCAUGCCAACACGAUAUUGCACGACGACCUCAAAUACUCGAAUCACAUUCCGUCUUCGCUUGUGUGCCAUGAAUUCUAAUAAGCGAGGUGGAGCGGCGAUGCCCCGAAUGGAGUCAUGAUCCCGGCGGACCUAUGCAUAGUCGCUUUCACAACGACCCUAAAGGGACACUCAAUCGAUUACAAGGAAAUCCGUCACAACACCUCAUGGCCAAUCGCAGUCUGCAGAUAUGCACUGACAGGCAACGAAAGCCUUGGGAUGCGCGGGUAGGACUAGUCAAGCCAGUAAUAUACAACCAAGUCACAUCGUAUGCGCCUGGAUUUCCUGGAAACCUUUCUUUGAUGGCACCCUUAAUACCUCUUUAAAAGCGAUGGGCCAAGGAAAAUACGGCGGACGACCUCGGAACUCGAACACACAGCAUGUUCACAACGUGACAGCCUCUGUCAUUUCUACCAUUCCACCCGAUCUAUCAUCCUUGGUUCCAGCAUCUGCGUGGACUACUCUAAAAGCGCGACAGGCCCCAGGAAGGCCAGUUAAGCGAGAUUUGGCAGCCUGGUUCAAAGUAUCAGACGACAAAAAUUCCCCGGGGCCUUUAAAGAUACAACCUCCGGAGGUAAAAGAGGAUACGGGUUGCAAUCGUUCUUGGAAUCACACGGGACGCCCUAGAAGCUGA